AUGGCUCGGUUUUGAACUGGCGAGGUGGCAAAUCUGUAUUGUUUAUUGUUUUACCAAAGAGAUUGUAGAAUCGUAAAGCUGGAAGGGACUUCCAAGGGUCAUCUAGUCCAACAGCCUGCGACUCAGGAAUCACAACUAAGGAAUCCCUGAGAGAUGGUCACCUCUGUUUAAAAACAUCCUAUGAAGAAGGGAGAGGCAUGUUGUACAUACCGGUAAUAAUUUAGUAACAAUUCGGAAGUUAGCCAGGGGUUACUGGAGGGAGAAGGCUUUUUUUCUGCACAGGUGUCCAGACUAAAUAAGAGAUAGGGAACCUACAGCCCUCCAGAUAUUGUGGGAUUACCGAUCCCAUCAUCCCCAGCCAGAGUGGCCAAUGGUUAGGGGUGAUGCCAGUUGUGCUCCACCAGCAUCAGGAGGACCCUACUUUGGCCGCCUCUAAGAGAUGCAUGACAGACAGAAUCACACCAGGGGCAAUAGAGUUACAGAAACCGACAAUUGCCCAAAUGUUUCUUUCUAUAUUACUCUUAAAAGUGAACCUAGCAGAGGCUGGGACUGUUAAUGUUUAAUCAUAUAAUAUCUAAUCUUUGAAUGGUUUCCAGAGAGACAGCGGCGUAGCGUGGGUUGUCAGCACCCGGGGCAAGGCAAGUAAUUUGCGCCCCCUAACCCCUAACCUGCCGCCGCUGCCAGCUUCUUCUUGCUGCUGCCUGGGCUGGGGUAUUUACGGUAAGGUAGCCACAGUGGCGGCGGCGGGUCCGUGUCAGGUGAUCUAAGGCGAGUUGCCGCUGGCGCUGCCGCCCAAACGACGCCGCUUGCCUGGAGGAGGAGGGCAGAGAGGCGAAGAAAAUGCAACAUGGCCCAGCAGCUGCAGCAGCAGCGGCGGCGGGGCUGUGAGGAGGGGCUGCCUGGCGCACCCUCCGCGGCCCUGACGCGUGGGGACUGCGGCGAGCGCUGAGAGCCGCUGCCAGCUCAUCGGUUCCGCGAGACAUGGGGCUCUGCUACAGCCUGCGCCCGAGGCUCUUCGGCGCCCCCCCAGAUGUUGCGCCCGGUGCGGCCGGCCCCCCCUGCAUCCCCCACGCUACGCCACUGCAGAGAGAGACUAAUAUCCGUAGACUGGCCUUACAGACAUAAGAAGAGCCUGCUGGAUCAGGCCAACGGUCCAUCUAGUCUAGCAUCCUGUUCUCACAGUGGCCAUCCAGAUGGCUGUGGGAAGCCAGCAAGCAGGAUUUAAGCACAAGAGCACUGUCCUUUCACUGUGUUAUCUACCAGGCAGUCUCAUCUGUUGACUAUGAGGAACAUGAAUUUAAGGCAUAAUGCAUUCCAGAAUAAAUUCUGGUUUGCCAGUAACAAGAUAUUCAUUUGGCAUAGGGUAAGGCAGCACCAGACCCAUGGCGAGAAAGGGGUACUACUAACAGGCAGGGAAAUGUGGAGCCCAGUUCUAGCCAUGUUUACUUAUCUCACUGGUUUCAUUUGAAUUUGCUCCAAUGUAAGCAUGGACAGUAUUGCAGCCAUUCAUCUUCAUGUUUAUUAUUGGGUUCAGUUGUUCUUCAGUUUUCUGCCGCAAACAGCCUAACCCUAUUUAUCUGGUAAUAAGCCCUACGUAAUUUAAUAGGACUCACUUCUGAGUGGACAGCUCAUAAAAUUAAUGCAGCAUACAAUUUUCAUAUGUUUACUACCUUUAAAUCUACAUGCAAAAUCAAAUAGCAGCUGAUUUAGGGUUGUGGAAAACUUUCCAGAAAUGUUUAUAGAAAUUUUCACAAUUUAUUCCCCCCCCCUCCGCCAGUAAGCCCACAUCUCUAACUGAACUGAUGCCUUUCUUACUGGGCUUAUUUUAAUAUUAAUACAGGGCAUACAUGUUGAAAAUGACCCCUUUGUUUGAAACAGUACAGUUGUCUUUUAAAAUCUUGCCUAGAACUGAAGAUUUAUGCUGGGCAGAGAUCUGAUUCUAGGGUGAUACCAAAUCACCUUCUGAGGGAAGACCAAUACACCCCUCUGGCUACGUUGGGUAUCUCUAAUCCUGAGGAAAAACCAAGCAUGCUUGUCAUAUUUAUAGAGACUCUUUACUCACAUUAGCAUGCCAUGGCUGAAAAAAGCAUUAACCACCAGAAACAGCGCUGUCACCAGCAAUAGACACUGAUGCAAGUCCUAGAAGGACAGGGAUCCAUGUACUUACUUAAAAUUAUAAUCUAUCCUGAGUCACAUGGAUGGUUUGGGCUAUAAAACAAAAAUAACUGUAUGUCCUAGUGAGCCACUUGUUUGGCAAGGUUGCCCAGGUCAGACCCCAAUGACCAUGUGAGUCAAAUUCUCCUUUCCCAGCAUUUAAUUAGGAUGGUCCUAUUGAACCAGUAGAAUUGCUGGGAAAUUUUCCGGAAAACCUCUCAGCCACUGAUGAGAAAUGUCAGUUAUUCUUGGGAACUCCUAAGGUUUGAGACAGUAGCACCCGCAAAUUUUGGAUCAGAAGAAAUAAAGACAAGUUAAUAAAAUGUUGCUGGCUGGUCUCCAAAGACUUCCAUAGACACGGUCUAAAAAACUUUGGUUAUCCUGAGAGAGCAAGCAGAUGACUGACGACUAGCUGUGAGGGAAACGCUGUGUGUUCUCAGCUUCUCCAUAGGUCUGGCAGGCACGUUGUUUCAUUACUAAAGUCCUGGAGCAACUUUUAAUAUCAUUCAGGAUGACACAAGCCAUUUUUUAUGAUGAUAAAUGGUCUAGAAUCACCACCAAAGGAAGCAUGUAAGGCUGGUGACACAUUUAUUGUUACCAUGGCUGCUCCUGGCUGGAGAUUACUUAUUAAAAACCAGCAAGAGGGCAGCAGUAGACAGCUGUUUGAAGGGACCAGAAUUAUUCCUGCUCUCAGACACAAUCAUAGCCAGAAUGAGUGAGAGGAACUUUCUGCCUUCGGCGAAACUAAUAAAUGAAAAUAUUACUUUAAGUGGCAAGGGGUAGGAGAGUUUUCCCCCACCCCCUAGAUUUGGAUCAUAUCUGAACCUUCUAUGUGGAACAAAUUGAAUCGAUUGCAAUCUGAUUUUACAAUAAUGUUUUAUUGUUUGAAAUAAUACCUUUAUUUGAGCAAAUGCAUAUUUUAAACCAAUUAAUUCAAAGUGUUCUUUCUUUGGCUAUGUUUGUACUUCAGGGCUGAACUACAUGACCCAUAUCUCUUUUUUAUUCUGUGGAUUUAUGCAUUUUUAUUUUUGGCUAAGCUACAUUAGUUUAUCAGCCUUCUCUAAUCCCAGUUUUAAAUGUGGACAAUCAAUUCUGUGGUGCAUUUCUAAGAGGUUUUGUGUCAAUUUUGAAAGCAGUGGCAAUGAAGCCUCUGGUUCCUGAGUUGGCUGAGCUACUGUGAGGUUUAACAGUUUCUGUGAACAUUCCAUCUGCUGAGGGAGAUUAUUAGGCUGUGGCUUCAUAUUGCUCCAACUUUGCCAGAUGAAGUAAACAAAACAAAACAAAAUCUCUCACAUGGAGAAUAUGGACUGGAAAGCUCAACAGGAAGAGGUUCCAGGAGGAAGCAGCACUCACAGGUAAGCAGCCUGAACACAUGGAGGCUAAAGGAAGGUAUUCCAGAAAUGGAAAGCUGAGGGAAGGUUGGAUAAGGCAGAGAGGGGUCUGAGGAAAACAAGAACAGAAAAAGAUGGUUUAGAAGAGUGAGAUAAAAAAUGAGCUAAUGAAAGGGGAAAGAGUUUGUGUGUUCUUGGUAGGAGUGCAAAACUGGUCAAGUUGUCUAAAGAAAGUGAGUACACACUUGAGUACACGCAGAAAGAGCGUACACAUUCAAAGGAGCUGAGGAAAUAGCAGGUGGCAGAAAGUUGAAGAGACCAAGGGCCUAACCAAAUGCACACAUGUGUAUUAAAUGCUCAGUGAUAGUUUGAAUAUAAAGUAGGGUAGUGGUGGUGAGAAGAUUAACAUUUUACUCUAAAAGAAGUUUGGGGAGCAAAAUCUACUCCCUCCCCUGCCUUAGCUAUGUACUUCACUGUUUUAUGAUGCCCCUCCCCUUCAGCUCAGCUCUGAUACCAAAAGUGAGGGGGCACAUCUUAAAACAUCAGAAAGUAAGGUGAAAACACUAACAGCAUGGACUAAAGAGUGAAGACCUUCCUCCCACCACAAAAGAAGAAGAAUAAAUUUUGAAUCUUCAAACUAAUCUUCAAAUUCAAACCAGCAGUCAGGCAGGAGGAAGGGAAGUGUGUACUGGAGGAAGACACUUGAUGGUUCCAAUUUUCUUUCCCAGCCAGAUAUCUUCCUGGCACUAGCUGUUUUUUUACCCUAAGCCUUCUACUUAGAAUCUACUUAGAAUGGUUGGACAGUGUUCUCGAAGCUACCAACUUGAGUUUGACCAAACUGCGGGAGGCAGUGGAAGACAGGAGUGCCUGGCAUGCUCUGGUCCAUGGAGUCACGAAGAGUGAGACACGACUAAACAACAACAACAAGCCACUUUUUGUUUCUGUCAACCCAAAGGAAAGGAUGCAGACUGUCCUUUAUGUGUAUCUUAAUUUUGUUAAGCAGCUCCUUUUCACAGAAUUCCUCUUGUACAAAAACAUUUAAAAAUAAAAAUUAGCCUUGCAGUACAAGAGGUGUGGGGUUGCGGGUGGCGCUGUAGGUUAAACCUAGGACUUGCCGAUCAGAAGGUCGGUGGUUCAAAUCUCCGCAACGGCGUGAGCUCCCGUUGCUCGGUCCCUGCUCCUGCCAACCUAGCAGUUUGAAAGCACGUCAAAAUGCAAAUAGAUAAAUAGGUACUGCUCCAGUGGGAAGGUAAACGGUGCUUCCGUGCGCUGCUCUGGUUUGCCAGAAGCGGCUUAGUCAUGCUGGCCACAUGAUCUGGAAGCUGUACGCCGGCUCCCUCAGCCAAUAAAGCGAGAUGAGCGCUGCAACCCCAGAGUAGGUCAUGACUGGACCUAAUGGUCAGGGGUCCCUUUACCUUUACCUUACAAGAGGUGUGAAAGGUAAUGGGGAAGAAACAAAUUGGCAUGGGAACAACUCCAAAUCCUUUCCUGGCUUGAACUGCUCUUGUGCAAACCCAAAUUUCUAUUUUUAUUUUUUUUUAGCUUUACGGGCACAGAUAAGCAAAUGGACCUCUGGCUUCAAAUCACAAAUCACAUUUGCCUUAAUUUACUUAAUUGUAAGAAUUAUAUAUUCAGUGCUUUUCAGCACUGCCAUGGUGCAACAAUCUGGAUUAAGGUGUGUGUGUGUGUGCAUACACAUUUCGUCUUUCGGGGGGGAGUUGCAGGAGGGGGAAGAGCUAUCAGAAUGGCUGGUGCCCAGGUCACUCUUGCCAAAAUCUCCAAUUGUGCUGACAGGUUCUAAAAGGUUGUCAGUCCUAAAUGAUUGACAUUGGAGUGGUUUUAGCUGGAAGCUAUAGGCUAUAAGUGGUGUUCUUUCACUUUCAUGAACAUCCCCACGCCCCCACAAAAAUGGCCUACACUAUACCAAGAAUAUUUUCUCCCGAAGAUGCCUAAAGGACAUCUAGCUAACAGACUAUGCCAUUUUGUACCUUUGCACAUUUACUUCUGAUUUGGGAAGAACAGAUCAGUUGUGGAUUUGCCUUGGGAAAACACAACUACUCCCACAGCAAAGGAGAGUGAGAGAGGCAAAUGACAAACCAGACCUCACUUUUAGAGAAAUAGCUCAUAGGUGAACUGCAAUUGUAGCUUCAGGUCACUAACAUUUGCAGAAUGCAAGAGCCACUAUUAUACCAGACUACAGUGCUGGAACAGUGGCUUAUGUGACAGCUUCAGUGAGGAAAUGCUGCAGGAUGCCUUCUUUAUGUGAAUGAGCCUGGUUAUAAAGAAUGGCUGUGGUGGUGAAAUCCUCUGAUCUUAAAAAUGUAGGAAUUUAAAAAUCACUAGAGCAUAAGUACAAAUGACUUGCAGCCUUUUUGUUUAAUGUUUCAGAUUCUUUACUUUUUAUUAACAUCACAUGUUCCAUCUUUUCUCUUUAACCAUGAGGACUAGAAUGUGACUUUUAGAAAAAUGAAGUUUGGCAUUCUUGGGAUAAUAACAGGAGCUCUGGCUGUACAUAAGUGUUACUUGUGUUGUAUGUAAGCCAUGGGCUAUUUGUUGCCCAGCCUGCCAGACAUAUAAGCAAGUACAGUGGCGUAGGAAGGGGUGUGUGAUGGGUGUGGGCUGUUCCGGGUGUCAUCAUUGAGGAGGGUGACAAAAUGACAAAAAUGUGAGGUUUUUUUAAAAAAUUGGGCUCACUAAACUUUUUAGUUCAGUCAACAAACACAACGAAAUGCGGCUGGCACUGGGCGCCACACCGCGGGGGCCGGCGCUUACCGCGGGGCCUGCAGCAUGCCCGAGCUGUGCGUCUCUCCUGGGAGUGACAUGGUGGCUUGGGUGCCUGCAGGCUCCAGGCGCUGCCUGAAACAGCAGCAUGGGGCUUGCAUCUGCCCGCCGCCUCAGCCAUCCUACAGUUGAGGGGGAGGUUGUGGAGAGGCUCCAUGCAGCGCACCCUGCCUUGGCUUGCCCCCCCAAUAGGCGGCUUGCCCUGCCCCAUGGAUGGCUCACCCCGCUCCCAUGGGCAGCUCGCCCUGCUCCCCGGGCACCCAAGCGGUAGCUAUGCCACUGAGCAGGUACAAAGUACUUUCAUAAACAGCCAUUGUUGGGGAUUUGUGUUAUCAGUCUUGUGAGAUAAUUAGAGCAAUGUAAAUUUGUGGGUACAUCCAUUUCUGGUUCCCUCUUUGCCCCACAGCCCCUGAGGUAGAAUGCUGAAUUAUUUGUGAAAGGAAGUGGUCGCUUUUACUUGCUCAUGAGUAUUUCUAUUCAGUCUAAUAGAAGAGAAAUGGGCUAUUAAAGUCUCCAGGGACCUUGCUUUAUAGAUGUAAUUUACCUUCAAAGUGUCUCAGAUAUGCUGCUAGAGAGAAUUUCUAAGAGUGCAAUUGCAUUAGGUAUGAAUGCAGAAGGCAAACUACAGAUAAAAUGCAGAAGACAUUAAGAGAAUCAAGAGGGAGUGAGAAGAAGCUAAAAAAUAUGAAAGGAAUGAAACAUUAUAGAAGUGAGGGAAACAAAGACUGAAAGAUUGAAAGAAAGAUUGAAAAGAGGCUGCACAGAUUCAGCUAAAGCAUGCUAAAAAGGGUGAUCUGGAAGGGAGAGAAGAGGAUGUUUCAGUGGUAUGUGAAUAUUGGGAAACAUGCAACUAAACUGGGCCUUUUAUUCAAGUAGUAGACUGAAUUAUUUGAUGGUAUUUUUCCUUGUACAUUAAGUGCAAAAUUGUUAAAAUGCUUGAAUAAGAAGGAGUGUAUAUGUGACUCAGGCAUUUACAGAUUUAAAGUUAGAAUGAGCUGGAUGGUGCCAUUAUUCUUGGUCUCAUGCAUCUUUAUUAUGUGGUAUGUCAUAGCAAAAGAAACCUGUGAUAUUGUAACACUCUUUGCUCCUUCUCAGUACAGUGGUACAGUACCUUGGUUUACAAACUUAAUCCGUUCCAGAAGUCUGUUCUUAAACCGAACCCGUUCUUAAACCGAGGUGCGCUUUCCCUAAUGUGGCCUCCCGCCACCAGUGCCCUUCCACCCUUCGGCUUCCAUUCUUAGACCGAGGUAAAGUUUGCAAACCGGGAUACUACUUCCGGUUUUGUGGAGUUCGUAAACUGAAUAGUUUGUAAACAGGGCUGUUCUUAAACUGAGGUCUUGGGUUACAGACGCUUCAGGUUACAGACUCUGCUAACCCAGAAAUAGUACCUUGGGUUAAGAACUUUGCUUCAGGAUGAGAACAGAAAUCGCGCGGCGGUAGCGGAAGGCCCCAUUAACUAAAGUGGUACCUCAGGUUAAGAACUUCCCUAUACAUGGCUGCCUUCCAAUAUCUUCUAAAAGCUGUAUAGUUACUUAUCUUCUUGGCUUGGGGGGUUGCAUAACUCCAUAGCUGCCAACAUUUAUCCGAUUAAAAUAGGGACAUCCUAAGGAAAAGUGGAACAUUCAGGGAUAAAAUCAGAAACCAGGAUGACUUCUGUAAAUGCGGGACUGUCCCUGGAAAAUAGGGACACUUGGAGGGUCUAGAAUACUCUUCUUUCUCCUUCAAUCACAAGGGGAAUGCAGAUUCACCAUCCCAUUCUUCCCCUGGCUCUUGCACCCAUUCUCCUCUCCUGCCUACUUAAACAAGCAGGAUGUUUGUGCUGUUCCAUAGGAGAUGGAAAGUGUGAGGAAGAUAAUAUUUUGUGAAGAGCAGGGAUGUAGAAGCGACAUCUGAAAAAUUCCUAAGCAGAUAGAGAGGUUCUGUGAGUUAUUACCUGGUAAGCCUCUGGGGCAGAACACCCAAAAGCCAAUUUUAUGGUAUUUGUCACGGUCCGGUUCACGGGCGAUCAAAGUCCCGGCUGGGGAUGUUGGGACCGGGGGCAAGAUAGCGGGGUGGGAGCAGGAACGGGAGUCCAGAAGACAGGAGUCAGAAAGCCUAGAUUCCUAGGGUUAGAGAUCCAGGAGUCAAGAAGCAAAGGUCCGACGGUCAGGAAGCAAGGAGUCACAAAGUCAAGGGUCCGAGAGUCAAGGAGUCAAACGCAGAAAGGCAGGGAACGUGUUGUUGUGGCAAAGAGCUGAAGGGAAAAUGCUGACCUUAUAUCCCUUCCCUGCUCUUGCCACCAGGUGCUGUGAGUUACCAAUUGGCCUCAUCUGUGUGGCCGCGCCUUGCCUCUUCAGAACAAACUUAGGAAGGCCCCAGUCCUGCAGAGUCCUAUUGUCACAGGGCCUGGCUCUUGCACGCACACCUGACAGUACUCCCCCCCAUAGGAAAAUGGGGUUCCAUCCCCGGCCAUGGCCCAGGCUUGUCUGGGAACCUCCGAUGGAAGGCCCGUACUUUGGUGGGCGUGUGCACUAAGUCGGCCGGCUCCCACGAUUGUUCCUCUGGCCCGUAGCCCACCCAGUCAAUUAGACAGUAGAGCUUGCCACGGAGCCAUUUCGAGUCCAGAAUCUGGGCGACCUGGAACUCAUCAUGGCCGUCAACCUGGACUGGCGGUGGGGCAAUGCUUCAGCUGGGAAACACUGGGUGGAUCUUCAGGGAGGGGGGAAGUUCCAACUUGUAGGCGACCGGAUUGAUCUGCUGCAGGGUGGUGAAUGGUCCCUGGUCCACCUUAGCCGACGGACGUCCAGUGCGGUGGUGCUCCAACGACAGCCAGACCUUAUCCCCAACCUGGAACGUGGGCCCCUGCUGGCGCUGUCAAUCCGCUUGCGCCUUAUAAUCUGCCUUGGCUCUCGCUAGGUGCCGUAUCAGGUCAGCUUGUGUUUCCUGGAUGUGGGAGACCCGAUCAUUGGCGGAAGGCACAAGAGACGCCGCCGGUAGUUAGCGUAGAAAGGGCUCUGUCCCGUGGAGGCAUGGCAGGUGUUGUUAUAGGCAAACUCAGCCAGUGGCAGAAGGUCCACCCAAUCAUCCUGAUGGUAGCUCAGGAACCAGUGGAGAUAUUGCUCCAGGACUUGAUUAACCCUCUCCGUCUGGCCAUGUGUUUGAGGGUGGUAUGCGGAAGAGAGGCGCCUCUCAAUACUCAGUCCCUUGAGGAAGGCCGCCCAGAACUGGGACAUGAACUGGGGACCCCUAUCGGAGAUCACCGCAUCUGGGAGCCCAUGUAGCCGGAACAUGGGUUCAAGAAACAAGUGGGCUGUCUGUUGCGCUGUGGGGAGGCUUAGAGCUGGGAUGAAGUGUGCCAUCUUGGUGAGUGAAUCCACCACCACCAGAAUGACCAACUGUCCUUUGGACACAGGGAGGUCCACGAUGAAGUCCAUAGAAAGUGUUGACCAUGGCCUGUGGGGGGGGUAAUGGCUGGAGGAGCCCCAAGGGUCUCUGCCGUGGCACCUUGGUCCGAUCAAAAGUCUCACAGGACCGCACGUACUUCUUAAUGUCCGCCCGAACCCCUGGCUACCAGAAAGCUCAGGCCAAUAGCUGCAGUGUCUUCGCGUAUCCCCCAUGUCCGGCAGUUCACGCAUCAUGGCACUGCUCAAGGACCUGGGUCUGGAGCAGCCCCUCUGGAAUUUAGAGCCGGCUGUGAUGAUACACACACCCAUCCCGGACAUCAAGCGGUGCACCCCCCAGUCCCAAAGGCACCGGGCUAGUAUCCAACUUAGGAAGGCUCCAGUCCUGCAGAGUCCUAUUGGUCACAGGGCCUGGCUCCUGCACGCACACCUGACAGUAUUAGCCUGUUUUAGCAUGUCCUGCCUGUGUUAAAGCGGUAUGGGAAGCAGCAAUGGUGCCACACUCAUUAUAUGAGAAUUGACCCUUGGUCAGGUCUCAAUUCAGCAUGAGAAUAAUAGAGCAUUUGGAAGGGCUGGGAAUAUAUUUUUCCUAGUGCACAUGUCUCCAUUCACAUGUUUCACAAACACAUGCUCCCUAUGGCAACCAAUGCCUGAGGCCUGGGUCAGUAGCUUACACUUCAUUAUAGUGGCAGGGCUAGAUGGAGGGGGGGCUACUGUUUCUGUAUAAGAGUGUUUUUAGGGAUAUGGCAGGGUGAAAUGGAGGCCCAGAUGUAUCAGGGAAAUGUUUGAAUACAAAAGGCUUGGGCAGAGUGAUAGCUAGGAGAUGGAGAGAAAAGGGAGUAAUAAAACACUAAUAAUUCAUACCUUCCAACAUCACUCAGAUGAAAAUCAGGACAUUUUCAUCUGAGGAAUGCAAGGUGUUUCUGACUGGGGGGAAAGGGUGGUGGAGGAAAUAGGUGCACACUUACUCAGCACAUGCUCAGAGGCACUACUGCCAUCUCUUCAUUACCUCACACAUAACCGGAUGAGACCCUAGCACUAGGCAUCAGCCCUCGUUCCCUUUCCCUCUGCUCUCUUAUCCAUCUUGCUAGUUGCUCAGGACUCAACCAUUGCCGUUGCCAGUUCCAAUCUGCACUGCAGCCCUUUUAAUCCCUGCCCACCCCCCGUCUCUCUCAAAGGUGCCCUGGUGAAUGACAUCAUCAGGCCGGACCAUCAAGCUUGCAGAUCACCAAACUGCGAGGGGAAGAGAGGCAAAAUCCAUGCAGAUCUGAUCCAAAGAACCAACCUUGGAGAGUCCGAUCCACUGCGUGGAUGGCAGGUAAGUCUCAGGCCCUGCGUGGCCUCUGCGAUCUGCUGUUGCCACUCUCACUCACUGCCAGGGCAGCACUGUGAGAGGGGAACAAAGCCUUGAAAUUGGGACACCCAAUUUCAAGUCAGAAGAUUGACCUCAUGGGCAUAGCUAGGAUUUUUGUUAGGGGGGACAUGCCUUUUGUUGGGGGGGGGGGCAGAACCUCAGUUUGCUAUGUAUUUUUAUUGAGUUAUAUUGAUUUAAGGGGGGCAGCUGCCCCUCCCUGCCCCCCGCACCCCCUUGCCUAUGCCCAUGCUUCAUCCAUCAAAAUUUAGGAAAUAUUCCCUGAGAAAAUUACAUACUAUUUUAGCACACAGAACAAUCACAAAAAGCCAUCUCUGGCUCUCCUCAUUACUCCAAAUAUUUCCUCUACAAAAGGAGAUAUCUUGGGGAACACUUCCCCAAUAGUUCUUUCGCUUUCAAAUCUUGCCUUAAGGGCAUAUUUAUGUAUGAGUAGGGUGGGCCAGUGACCUAGAUGCAAGAACUAAAGUAUUUACCAUCUCAAAAGAAUGGUCAGACUGCCCAGGUAAUGCAAUCAGUAAAACAUUAUCAGGUAUUCUGGCAGACAGAAGAGAAGCCUCAUACUCCUAUUUCUGUUGGAGACCACUUUACAGAUGCAGAAUGGUGGACUUCGGUUCCCAACGCAGUAGAAGAUUCAGAUGUUUUAAGGACCGCAGGGCCAAAUACAAAAAUCAGGAGGUUGUGCAACUGAAUGCUUUGCCAAUUUGUGGUUAUCAGUAAGCUACAGUUUUUCCUCAGAUCUGAAAAGAGGACAAAAUAUCAGUUAACUGGUUUAACUUGACCAGCGCUCUACCCCUGCCAAGAUAAAUGUACAACUUCCCAUUUUUAAACAAGGGUUGCCCCAGGGCGUGCAUAAAAUGUCAUUGUUAAUCUGUCCCAAGACUUUUCAUGCAGCUAAGAUGAACAGUAGGGUGCCAGCCCUCCCUGGCUGUGCUUAGAUCUGAGGACACCUUAGUAAGAGAGCACAUAAAAAGAUUAAAAAUGGCAAAUCCCUGUAGCAAUUGAGUGCCCACCAACAGGUGUACUCUAUGGUGCAGUUCCAGAUAAGGAAAUGCAACACCAAUACCCCCGCUUCAUCUGUUGGUAACUGCAUUAUUUGGAGGGAUAGCUGAGGGGAGGAAGCCAUUGAGAACCUUACAAAAUAUUGAUUCAUUUAGAAUAUUGUUGUGAAAAGUACUGAGAAAUUCCUCUCAAGACAUACAUAAAAUGGGGGAGCACUUUCAUUCUGAGCACUUUAAUCUUGCCCACUUAAGUGAUCCAUUACACAUACUGAUUAUUGUGGGAUUAUUCCCAUAUACUGCAGUAACUCUGGAUACUGGGUGGGAGUACCAUAACUUCCCCUGAUGGGAGUAUAUUUAGCUUGAUUUGUUUCUGAUUACCUGCACUAGUGCUAUGCGCUCAGAGUGAAGUUGAUAUAAGCACAUAUUUGUGGGGCAUGAGCAAAACUCCAGUUGAACUAAACUUCUGAUAUAUAAAAGUUGAACUAAACUUCAAAUAUAUGAAAGGAUGUCACAUAGAGGAGGGAGAAAGGUUGUUUUCUGCUGCUCCAGAGAAGCAGACACGGAGCAAUGGAUCCAAACUACAAGAAAGAAGAUUCCACCUAAACAUUAGGAAGAACUUCCUGACAGUAAGAGCUGUUCGACAGUGGAAUUUGCUGCCAAGGAGUGUGGUGGAGUCUCCUUCUUUGGAGGUCUUUAAGCAGAGGCUUGACAACCAUAUGUCAGGAGUGCUCUGAUGGUGUUUCCUGCUUGGCAGGGGGUUGGACUCGAUGGCCCUUGUGGUCUCUUCCAACUCUAUGAUUCUAUGAUUCUAUGAUUCUGAUAACAUCUUAGAACUUGCUUCAAUUUGCUGACUUGCUUUUUAGAGACAUGAGCCUCCCCUGGCUUAGUAAUCCAAGGAGUACUUUACCCUCCCAUCUUUCUCUUGAAAUGCCACACAUUUGUCCUCACUUUUUAUAUAUAUAUAUAAAAGCCUUAACUCAUGGAGCCUUUGCUCUAGCCAUGACCCCAGUGAAUAAAGUGAAGGCAAUCUUUGAAGAAAGGAUGGGAUAGGAUAGUGCUUUAUUAUUUAGUGUUGUGAGGUUCAUUUAUUGCUGCUGUCAGAGCAGAACUGCAGACCGGUGGCAAGUGAAUUCAUCACAGAAAUGGUAUUCAGGGGUGGUAGCUGCUAAAUACUUCAGAUCAAGUAGAACAUCUGUGUUGAAUUCAGAAAAUGUAUUCCUAACACUCUUAGGUCACUGCAUCCAAAAUGGUGGUAGUGAGCUUGAAAUCUGGCAUGUUCAUUAGACUUUCUUGUGGUUCACACCAUUUAUUGUUCAUUACAUUAAUGUAUGCCCCACUCUUCCUCUCAUCAAUAGUUUUUUUAGACAGGCUGUCACUGUGCACUGAAUAAAUAGAGGAGAAGGCUUGAAAUGGAUUCAGCUAGCCAGCAGUGGAUCUUCUCAUUCUGACCUGAUCUCUCCAGAAUGGGCUAUUCUCUUAAUAUUUUGCUAUCUCGUUUGGAAUUGCUAUCUGAUUGAAGAACAGUCAUUUAUAGAUAAGACUAGUGGUAGAUAGAAGAGUUUCAGUUUCAUGGCUGGAUAGUGGAUUUUCACCACCCCCAAGCAAUUUUCUACUUGCCAAAAAUAAUUAGCAUGUUAGUACUCUGCUGCUGUACUAAGCCAGUCAUUAAAGCAACAGAAGAAGGAUGUAUGUACAGCUUUUCUGGAAGCAUUGAUGGCUUGCCCUGCAUAAAGAAUCCAGAGAACCAUAGUACACUUCAGGACUAAAAACAAGCAUUUUGAAAAUAGGCCCCAAGACUGUGGGUCCAUUAUUUCCUCUACACAUUUCAAUUUAUUUACUUACUUAUUUAUCUACAUUCCUUUCAGGUGUAUGCAAAAUAUGAAAAUGAAAGGAAAUUGUUCAGACCUGGGGAGUAA